AGGAUCAUCUACAAUGGCAACUGUCUCGGCCUUCUCUUCUUCGGAAUGGCCAAACCCUAACCCUAACCCUAGUACAAGCGCCAAUACACGUUCAGAAGAAGGCAAAGAACAUACCAAUUCACUUGCCGGCGACCUUCACAGCGGUAUCUCGUCGGGGCUCCCACCGAUCAGAACGAGUUCUAACCAACAACGAAUUCCAUAUAUUCAGGAUGGAAAAGAAGAUAUUCACGCUGCAACUCAACCUAAUUCUGCUCCGGCUACGGUUCCGGUUCAUGGACAGACCUUAAUUCCAAGCUCUAACCAUAAAAUCCCCAAUUUUCACAGCCGUGAUUCUUCUCCUUCACAUCUAUCGCUAUUUCACGUUUCAUUCAACCAAGAUAAUGGAUGUUUUGCGUGCGGUAUUAAUCAAGGAUUUCGGAUAUAUAAUUGCGAUCCUUUUCGCGAGAUCUUCCGUCGGGAUUUUGAAAAUGGAGGCGGUAUUGGGAUCGUGGAGAUGCUGUUUCGAUGCAAUAUACUUGCGUUAGUCGGAGGCGGUUCUCAGCCUCAGUAUCCUCUAAAUAAGGUUAUGAUCUGGGAUGAUCAUCAGGGCCGAUGCAUUGGUGAGCUAUCUUUUCGAUCGGAGGUUCGUGGAGUUCGGUUAAGGCGAGAUCGGAUAAUUGUGAUUUUGGAGCAGAAGAUAUUCGUAUACAAUUUCACGGAUUUGAAGUUAUUGCAACAGAUUGAGACAUUUGCGAAUCCCAAGGGCCUUUGCGAUGUUUCACAAGCUUCUGGUAAUUUUGUGCUUGUUUGUCUCGGAUUGCGGAAGGGUCAAGUUAGGGUUGAGCAUUACGCUUCGAAGCGAACAAAGUUUAUCUUAGCUCAUGAUUCAAGAAUUGCGUGCUUCGCUCUAUCACAGAACGGAAAUAUGCUUGCCACAGCCAGCAACAAGGGAACUCUGGUUCGUAUCUUCAAUACCCACGACGGGUCAUUGUUGCACGAGGUAAGGAGGGGUGCAGAUAGAGCUGAAAUACAUAGCCUUGCAUUUUCUCCUACGGCUGAGUGGCUAGCAGUCUCAAGUGAUAAGGGUACUAUUCAUGUUUUCAGCAUCACAUCUGUCGAUAAUCCAGACCUCAUUACCAGUUCAUCUCGUGCUCUCAUUAAAGGAGUUAUCCCCAAGUAUUUUAGCUCUGUGUGGUCGUUGGCUCAGUUCCGAUUGGUUGAAGGCUCUCAGUAUAUUGUUGCAUUUGGUCAUCAAAAGAACACAGUGGUGAUUCUUGGCUUAGAUGGAAGUUUCUAUAGAUGCCAAUUUGACCCAAAAGCUGGAGGGGAGAUGACUCAACUGGAAUAUCACAACUUUGUGAAGCCUGAUGACUCUUUCUAAUUUUGCUUAACAACAUAUGUCUUUUCAUGGUAUGUUUGUUGCUCUGUUACACUUUUGCUGAUGCUUGUGAAGGAAUGGGUAUAUAUAUAAUUUUGUAAAUGCCAAUGUAUAUGUAAUGUAAAAAUUGUCAACUUGCUAAAUGAUAACUUUUGAAGAUGUUCGAAAAGAAUUCAGAAACUGAAACUGUGG